AUGGUCUCCACCCGCAGCCCCUCCCCGGCCUGCACUGAAAGGUCCACAGCCACCGACGUCUCGUCCGACGCGACCAGCAUGGUCGAGUCCGUUGCGAAUCUCAACUUGGCAGACGACGCCGUCGUGCGCGACCAGACCAUCCAGGAUGUCCUCAAUAGCUCUCGCAUUCUCAUCACCGGCGCCGCUGGUUUCGUGGGUGCUGCUCUGCUCCACAGAUUGCUCGGCGACUCCACCUUCAACAUCAAGCAGAUCGUUGCAAUCGUGCGCGGCAAGACCGACGAAGAGGCGCUCAAGCGUCUACCCAAGGCUCUUCAUCACCACGCCAAGCCCGAGUCCGAGGGCGCCCUUCCCAAGCUUGUUCUUGUCAACGGCGACUGCGCUAGGCCCAACUUUGGCCUCAACGAGCAGGAUUUCGAAAAGGUGCGCAAGACCGAGAUCGUCAUCCACUGCGCCGGUGACACGCGCUUCACCCUCCCCAUUUCGCAAGCUUUCCAAUCUAUGGCCGAUCUCGCCUACUUCACAGCUCGUUUCUCGCUCCUCACGUGGAACGUCAAGACUCAUAUCCACGUCUCGACUACCUUCGUCGGUUGGUAUCUCAAGAAUGGCUCGCUCGUCAGCGAGUCCUUGACGCCCGAGGGCUGCGGUACCCAAGUCGAUGAGCAGGGCGAGCACGUCAACACCUAUUUCCAGGCCAAGACGUAUGCCGAGUCGUGCGUCAACUCGCUUUUCACCUCGCAGGUAGGUCGUAAGCUUCACGGCAAGACCUGCCGCAUUGUGCGCUUGGCCACGCUGGGUCCUGCCAUCGAUUUCCCUCGCGAUGCCUGGGGUGCUGGUCACCCUUCGAGUCCUGUAUGCGCCGCUUUGGCAGCGCAGUGUGUCGAUCCCAGCCUCGUCUUCCCCAACUCUGGUCUCGACGUAAUCCCUGUCGACAUUGCCGUCAACCAAAUCCUUGCCGUCACUGCGUCGGCGCACGCGCUGCAAAAGCUGCCCACGACGCAUCGCCUGCACCCCAAGAACCCCGCCGCCCCGACCAGCAAGCACCUCGCUGAGGUGCCCUGCUACCACGUUGCGUGCGGCCGGGGCGACGAAUCGCGCAUCCCCAUGACGCUCCUCAACGACGAGGCAGUCAAGAUCGAGGAGCCCUACAUCCCGACUUCGAAUCUGCUCAAGGUGUACGACCCCUUCAUCACCAAGAUUGUCGAGUUCGACGUGGCGCGCACACGUACCGUGCUCGGUCUGCCUGCGCUCAUUCCCGACCAGAAGCGUGUCCUGGACAAGGCAAGCCUCGCCGACCUCCCGCUCAAGCAAGGCUCGCUGAAGCUGGAUAUUGUCAAGUCGGUGCAUGACAGGUUCGGAAAGGCCGAGCUCGAGGGCUGGACCGGCUAUCUUCAGCAGGUGCGCGAUCAGAUGGAGGCCAUGGGCCCCCGAUCCGACUGGGAGACCUUUGUCGAUUGA